UAUUAAUAUUUUUGUUUGUCACCUGUGCAUUUCGUGUAUGAAGUGCUGCUGAAGUAUUCGGACCUCUUACAUUACGUAGAAUUUUAGGUAAUGUUUUGGUUAUUAUAGGGGAAAGGUUUCGUGUUUUCAAUUUAAAAAAAUUGCAAUGAGCGAAAACGUAGAAGGCGAGGAACUACCGGUGGAAGAUGACCAGGCAGUAAACCAAGAAUCAAAUGUAAGUGAGGUGAGAAUAGAGAUUACACCACCAGAAGACGACGAUAGAGGCGCCUCUCGUAAAAUUGUUGUCGUCCCUGUAAAGGAAAAAAGGGUAUCGUACGCUGGCAUACCGCCAUUGGAUAACAUCUCGGAAGAUGGAUCGACUACUUCAUCGCGACAAGACCGAAGUCGUAAAGUAUCCAUCUUUUCCAACCAACUUACUCAACAGCAGCAUCGAAAACUUUCUUGUGAUCCUUUUUUGCUUGUGAAUCAAAGAAAAUACUCGGACAUUUUAGCACCAGGCAGAAAAUUUUCUGGUGUAAACAUACCACCACCUCUUGUUUUACCGAGUCGGAAAGUUUCUAUUGAACCACUAAAUCUACCAGGAGUUGCAAAGAAGUACUCCGUAAUAUCGAUUGGCUCGGACUUUGACUCCCAGGAGACAUUUGAAACUCUUCCCCAUGCCGACCACUAUCGUCGCGACCUGUAUGAGGUUGUUGGGGAGCUCAGACAAAGGCCUACAUUGGAUGAACUUCGUGAUGACGAACGGAAAUCGGAGCCCCGCACACCCCUCACACCCAAAAAACUGUUUGAAGAUGAGUUGGACGAUUCACUAGCGGCGCCACCCCCUCCCCAGAAGAAGGAGGAGUCAGACGCAAAUAAGUUCGGGUGGAUCCAAGGUGUACUGGUGCGAUGUCUGUUGAACAUUUUCGGUGUGAUGCUGUUCCUGCGAUUGACCUGGAUCACUGGUCAAGCUGGAAUAGGCCUGACGACCGUCAUCAUCUGCGGGUCUUCAGUGCUAACCACCAUCACAACAUUAUCUAUGUCUGCCAUAUGUACUAACGGAGAAGUCAAAGGAGGUGGUGCAUAUUACAUGAUAUCCAGAAGUCUUGGACCGGAAUUUGGUGGUUCUAUAGGAAUUGUGUUUUCGUUAGCCAAUGCGAUAGGAGCCGCUAUGUAUAUAGUCGGUUUUGCAGAAACGGUUCAAAUACUAAUGUCAGAUCACGGGGUGACCAUAACCGGCAAUGCGUUGAAUGAUGUCCGAAUUAUAGGGACAGCAACCAGUGUCCUCCUCAUUGCAGUUGUCAUUAUUGGUAUGGAGUGGGAAGCAAAGGCACAACUUGGCCUACUAGUGAUUUUGGUGAUUGCAAUCAUUAAUUAUUUUGUGGGAACAUUUAUACCGAUAAAAGAAGAGCAGCAGUGGAAUGGAAUUGUUGGAUACAAAGCUGAAGUCUUCUCAACUAACUUUGGUCCAGACUUCAAGAACGGAGAAAGUUUCUUUUCCGUGUUUGCCAUAUUUUUUCCAGCAGCGACCGGUAUUUUAGCCGGAGCCAACAUAUCUGGGGAUUUGAAAGAUCCUCAAAGCGCCAUUCCAAAGGGAACCAUUCUAGCUAUAAUAAUCACCACCAUCGUUUACCUCGGUAUCGCCUGGACCAGUGGUGCCUGUAUUGUACGGGAGGCAGUGGGGAGCCAGGUCUUGAAUUUCCUACUUGACACGAACACCACUUUGGCGCCAAGCAUGGAACUCGUACAAGAUUGUCAGAAAUUUAACAUGACCUGUGAAGGAGGACUGGUGCCUGAUAAAGGGGCAAUCGGAAUAGCUUCCGCGUUUGAGCCUCUUAUUUUGGCGGGAAUAUUCUCUGCAACAUUAUCAUCAGCACUCGCUAGUAUGGUCGGUGCGCCAAAAGUUUUUCAGGCUUUAGGAAAAGACAAACUAUUUCCAGUAAUCCACUUCUUCGCCAAAGGGUAUGGUAAAGGCGGUGAGCCAAGACGAGGCUAUUUCCUAACUUUCUUCAUUUGUGUAGCCAUGGUGUGCAUAGGGGAACUUGACUUGAUUGCACCUAUCAUUUCUAACUUCUUCCUGAUGGCCUAUGUUCUGAUCAACUAUUCAUGUUUUGACGCUUCCCUGGCCGACUCGCCUGGGUUCAGACCCAGCUUCAAGUACUACAACAAAUGGGUCAGUUUCAUCGGGUCGCUGAUAUGUUUGGCAGUCAUGUUUCUGAUAAACUGGUGGGCUGCUCUAAUAACAUUUGUUGUCGUUGGAACCCUGUAUCUUUCCGUCAGAACUAAAAAACCAGAUGUAAACUGGGGGUCUUCCACACAGGCUCACGUUUAUAGAGAAGCUCUACAGCGAACUCUACGUUUGGUUAAGGUGGAAGAACACGUCAAGAAUUUCAGGCCACAAAUAUUGGUUUUAUCGGGUUAUCCCAGGAACCGACCAGCGUUAAUAGAUUUUGCUGCAAACAUUACAAAGAAACAGAGUCUUUUAAUCACAGGUCACGUGUUUACCGGUGAAAUGUCUGAUCAUGUAAAGAAUCUGCGUUCGCAUGGUGCGUAUAAGUGGUUUGAGAGUAGGAAAAUCAAAGCAUUUUACAACGCUGUGGUAACACCAACACUUAGAAUCGGAACUCAAGUUCUCCUUCAGGCCCUGGGGAUAGGUAAGCUCCGCCCCAACACACUGUUUCUUGGAUACAAGGCUGACUGGCAGAAAUCCGAUCCCGAUGAACUGGAGGAUUACUUUAACAUCAUCGAAGAUGCGUUCGAUCUGAAAUAUGGAGUGGGAAUUCUGAGAAUCGCGGAAGGCUUCGAUAUUAAUAGAAUACCUGAUGAAAGCGAGAUAAACGACGAUGAUCCCGAUCUCGAGGAGAAUGACGAUAAUUCUGAUGACGAUGAAGAUGAGGAUGAUGACCCAACAAAACAACACUCUCCAUCCUCACACCCUGAUGAGAGGAAACCCAGCGGUUCCUACAGCCUCAAAGACAGCUCCAAACACACAGGAGGACAAGUAAAGUUAAAACGUCUGAACACUGUGGAGGAGGGGUCAGAAAACCUAGCCUUUAGCCCUGACGCUCCCAAUGGCAACACCAAAGGAGAUCGACCUAAACUAAACACUCUGUUAUCUUCAAUGUCGACUGCCGCACUUACCUCUAGAUUCCAAGAGGACCAAUACGGUACAAUAGACGUCUGGUGGCUCUUUGACGAUGGAGGCUUGACUCUGUUGAUACCAUACAUUUUAUCGAAGAGGAAAACGUGGAAGAAUUGUAAAUUGCGAAUAUUUUGUGCUGGCACAAAGAAAGGAAAUCAUUAUCAAGAUGAAGUCAGAAUGUCGUCUUUGCUGUCAAAAUUCCGAAUAGAAUAUUCUCAGCUGACUGUGAUACCAGACAUGUGGAAAAAGCCGUCGCUCACAAUGUAUAAAGAAUUUGAAAGCUUAAUUCAUCACCAGCGACUCAGGCCACACGAAUCUCCCGAUGAUUAUCCAUGGAAAAUAUCCGAUUCUGAUCUUGUUGCAAAUAAACAAAAGGUCUACAGAAAUAUUAAAUUGAAGGAGCAGUUGUUGAUUCAUUCUCCUGAAGCUUCUCUCAUUGUCAUGACACUUCCGGUUCCGAAGCGAGAGGCUUGUCCAGCAGCUUUAUUCAUGGCUUGGUUAGAGAUGAUAUCACGUGGUAUGCCACCUACACUAUUCCUUAGAGGAAACCAAGAAAAUGUUCUCACAUAUUAUUCUUGAGUUAACAGUACUGGUGGAAUAUUAGUGAGGGGAAAACCAGAAAACGUUUUUCAUUCAUAAUUACAAUGAAGCAUAUAUUUGUAAAGGCAAUUCUAUUGAACUUUUUCAUUCAUUAUUAGCAUGUAUUUGUAAAUAUAGUAAGUUCUAUUCAACUUUUUCAAUAAUAAUUAGCAUGUACUUGUAAAUAUAGUUCUAUUUCAUAAUUAGCAUUUAUUUGUAAAUAUAGUUCUAUUGCUCAAAAGCGACUAUAAUCACAAUCUGUGGCACUGUGUUUUAUGGUUGCUUGAAAAUGGUGAUUGUUCCUUUUUAUGAUGUUUCAUAUGCAUGUACAUAUGCGAAGAAAUACAUACAAAUAAAGCAACGUAAACAUAAA